AUGAUGAGUGACAUAUUCAUAAUUUUGAUACUUCUCUACUGCUUCCUUGGUCAUUUAUUUCUACUAGAAGUUUAUUCUCCUGUGAUGAGCACUGCUGUUAUCGAGGUGAACACUCAUCGCAGAUCUCUUCUAGUAGAUAGUCACAGACGAAACAGAUUCAAAAAUUUUAUGCUGAGUACUAGAAGAAGAAGUUGUUGUAGUAGCCUGAACUACUACAGAAGAAAACUAGAAGAAGUUCUUGUAGUAGCCUGGAGAAAAAAUGCCUGGCGCAUUCACAUUCUUGGUGUGGAGAAACCUCUACGGGAAUGUGAUUCGUUCCAUUCUCUACUGGAACUGGAGUUGUCCACUUUUGAGGUGCUUGAAAGGAAAGGUCUCACCCUUUGAGCUUGAGCCGGCUCAGACUUCUUAGCCAAAAGGCGCAACUUUACCAUGAGGCUGCUGUCUACUUUUGACCUGCUUGAAAGGCCCCACCCUUUGAGUCAGCUCAGAAUCCUCACCCAAAGCGCGCAGCUUUAUUAUGAAGGCGCUGCCUACUUUUGACUUUCUUGGAAGGUCUCCUCCUUUGACGCAGCUCAGACCCCUUAUCCGAAGCGCGCAGCUUUAGGCGCUUGCUGUCUACUUUUGACUUGCUUGAAAGGUCUGACCCUUUGAGCCAGCUCAGGCGCCUAAUCCAAAGAGCAAGCGGGUGCUAAUUUUCUCAGCGUAUAGCUGCUGGAUGCUUGCCUCUGUUUGCAUUUGUGUGCAUGUGUGCCAUAAUUGUAGCACAUACGCAGGCGCAGCGGCUUUGCUUCACGCAGAUGAUUGGCCUCAGGCUGAGGCGCUUCGCUCUUCGUUUUUUGUCCAUGCAGCAUAGUCCUUGGCCUGUGCUGUUGGUUCAGGGUUUUGAGGUACUGCGGAAAGCUUUAGCAGGAGCAGAAUCACGGGAGAGAUGUGCGCAAAGUCGCGGCAUUUUUACGGCGCGAGAUGUAUACGUCUAGCCCGUACACCUUUCCCAUGAUUUCCGUACAUCUCAAAAAAGUAGAAUUUUGGAAACCUGCUACGAAUCGGCCCGGUGUGAGUACAUCGCGAGAGUACAUCCUUCCCGUGGUGUACGUAUAAGAUAUAUGCCUCGCGCUAUAUAUGUCAGACGUAUACAUCUAGCCCGUACAUCUUUGCCAUGAUUUACGUACAUCUAAAGCCGUAAGCUCGCUCCUGUU